AUGGAGGGACUUUUGAGUGUCACCUUCCAGGACUCAGAGUUGGAAAGAACCUGGAAACAUGAGAGUCAGUUCACAGACCUGCAGGAACACCAGGAAAGCUAUGUGGACCCAGAGGUGGUAGCCCACAAGGGAGACCCUGUAGGGGACAGUGUCCAGGAGUGCAGUGAUCUCAGCCAAAUCCCAAAAACCUUGAGUCCGACAGUCACCCAAGCCAGGGUUGGUGGUGAUAGUAGGCCUGGGUGGUGCGGUGUGCCAAACAAGAGCUCAAAGCAGAAACAUUUGGACAGUGGCCAAGGGGAGAAAGGUGGCAGCUCCAAGAAGCGGUGAAACUGUGAGGACUGUGGGAAGGCCUUCAGCUACUGCUCAGCAUUCCUUUUGCACCAAAGGAUCCACACUGGGGAGAAGCCAUUCGCCUGCCCUGAGUGCAGCAAGGCCUUCAGCCAAAGCAUACACCUGACCCUGCACCAGUGCACACAGGGAGAGAAGCCAUAUGCGUGCCAUGAGUAUGGCACGGCCUUCAGCCAGGGCUCCUACCUGGUAUCUCACUGGCAUAGGCACACAGGCGAGAGACUGCACUGCUACACCAACUGUGGCAAGGCCUUCACAUGCAUCACGCACUUGACCCAGCACCAGCGCAUACACACAGGUGAACGGCCCUAUGCGUGCGCCCAGUGCACAAAGACAUUCCGCAGCCGCUCAUCCCUGAUUGAGCACCACCGAAUCCACACAGGCGAUAAGCCCUAUGAGUGUGCAGACUGCGCCAAGGCCUUCCGCUUCUUGUCGGCGGUCAUCCGCCACCAGCGCACGCACACGGAAGAGAAACCAUACUGCUGUGGCCAGUGCGCCAAGGCCUUCACACAGAUCGCACACCUGAUGCAGCACAGGCGCGUGCACACCGGGGAGAAGCCCUAUAUGUGCCCAGACUGUGGCAUGCCCUUCAGCCAGAGCACCUCGCUGGCCGAGCACCUAAGAAUCCACAAUGGCAAGAAGCCCUAAGCCUGCAGCCAGUGCGCAAAGACCUUCACGCAGAUGUCGCACCUGGCGCAGCACCAGCUCACGCACACUGGUGAGCGGCCUUACACAUGCCCAGACUGCAGCAAGCGCUUCAGCAACCACUCGCACCUCCUCCAGCACCACUUUGUACACACCGGCGAGCGUCCUUACAAGUGCCUGCAGUGUGCGGCUGCCUUCAGCCACGUGUCCUCUUUCAUAGAGCAUCAAAAGAUCCACACUGGGGAACGGCCCUACAAGUGUGGUGAGUGCAACAAAGCUUUCAGCCAGGGCUCAUCCCUUGCUGUGCACCAGCUCACACAUACAGGCGAGCGUCCCUAUGCCUGCCUUCAGUGCGGGAAGGCCUUCAGCAAUCGAUCCUACCUACUGCAACACCACAUUGUGCACACUGGGGAGAAGCCCUAUGAGUGUGACAGCUGUGGGAAGGCCUUCAGCUUCUCCUCUGCACUGAUCCGGCACCAAAGGACGCAUGCGGACAAGAAGCCCUAACUUAUAUGGCUGUGG